AUGCAUCAUCGUUUCGGGGAGAGACCGCGUGAGGAGACGUCGGAUAGCAUCAGAUCAGGACCCUGUCUGCUGUCUGCUGCAUGGCCCAGGGAUAGCUAGCGACAGAGGCAGCGACGAACAGAGGAUUGUUUGAUUGUUGUCGUCGUUGUCGGCGUCACACUUGGAUCCGUCCAUCCAUCCCGGCCCCGACUCCGACCCUCCAAUCCAAUCCCUUUGCUUGUUUCCGUGGUUCGGCGCCGCUGCUGCUGCUGCCCAUCCAACCUCACCUUCUUCUGUCUUCUGUCCUGCUUCUUCCUCCCUUCCCUAUCUCCCCUCCCCCAAUCCUCUGCGUUUCUGCAUCUGCGUCCGUCAAAAUGUCCCGAUCGCCCGAUUCUCACACUCACUCCGACCAGGCCUCGACCAACUACAAGGAAGCCUUCUCGCUCUUCGACAAGCGCGGCACCGGCAAAGUCGCCAUCGAGUCGCUGGGCGACCUCCUGCGCGCUUGCGGGCAGAACCCCACGCUGGCGGAGAUUGCCGAUCUGGAGAAGAGUAUUGGGGGUGACUUCGACUUCGAGUCGUUCCUCAAGGCGCUUAACCGCCCCGGCGGCUUCCGUGAUCCCGGCGAGCCGGAUGAAUAUUGUCGGGGCUUUCAGGUGUUCGAUAAGGAUUUGACGGGGUUUAUCGGUGUGGGGCAGUUGCGGUAUAUCCUGACGAACCUCGGCGAGAAGAUGUCCGACGAUGAAGUCGAUGAGCUUCUUAAGGCUGUGGAUACUAGCUCUGGCGAGAUUAACUACACCGACCUCGUCCGCACCAUCCUCGCCAACUAAACGACUCACGUAUCGAUACCCUCCUGACGCUCCUGAUGAUUUCUGUUACAUGCGAUCUGCGAUCCCUCUACCAGCCGUGCGGCGUUGCUGGAGCUAGUUUAGUUUAAUUGUAUUGUAUAUGUUGCGAUUGACACGAUGUGGUUGAGUAGCUGUUUUCGGACAGUGGUAUGCUGCGGUAUGAUUGCUGCUUAAGAUAAAUAUAGCAUGAGUUGGUGUCAUGGUACAUGGAUGACUUGCUAUUAUUGUUACAUGGAUCAGUUGCUGUUGAUGA